UAAAAAAAAUUGAUUAAUUAAUUAUGAUUAUUUGCACCCGCCAGAAUUGUAAAAUGUCAAACAAACAAAAUUUAGAAUUAAAUUCAUAACAGCUUUUUUCUAGUUCUUAAUUAAAAUCAAUGUGUGCAACGUGUACAAUACCUUUUCAACUGUCAACGACAACGCUUCAUCAACAAAGUUUUUGUUUGGUUUCUUUGCUUCAGUGUGGCAUUUAAAAAGUUGUAUGAUAUAUUAAAACAUGGGUCGGUUGUUUGAAAGUGUAAACGGUACUCCGCUGUCAUUUUACUUGGCAGAUCUACCUACCAACCAUUUCGAAAAGUAUACAUUCUUGAUAGAGGCCCAUGGAGGAAUAGUGGAGCCAAUAGCAAAAGAGAAUGUCUUAACGUUCACACUUCAAUCUCGCGCAUACAAUUUCAAAUUUGUAUUUGAUGUAAAAUUUAUUGAAGAUUGUGUGGAUCAUAAAAGAAUUCUGGAUAUUAACAAGUAUUAUGUAGGAGACUCCAGAUUACAGUCAAGUUGUCUAUGUCAAUUUUCCAAAACAUUUUGUGGAUCAACAUCAUGUCUAUUGAAUCGAAGAAAAGCUUCAAAGUUUCCUGAAUCACAAAAGGAAACUUCCAAAAGAGCUCGUGACAUUUCUGAAGUGCGUUUAGGAAAAAAGAUAACUAAAAAUGUAGUAGAAAGUUCAUCAGAACGUUUUGAUCGGCAUUGUAAUAUAAAUGAUGACACAGAAUUAAAUGAAAUUGAUACAAUCGAAAUUGUCAAAUCUCGUCUUCCGGAUUCUUCCGAGGACGCCGAACAUAUUACGGAAGCUGCCAACAAUAAUAAAGAUAAUUUUCCACCAGUACCAAGAAAUUUUAAAGUUUUGGGAAGCAUAAUAACUCCAGAAAUAAUGCAAUGGAUAAAAGAAUUGAACGAGAAAAGACCCAAAGAUGAACUUGGAUAUCCGAAGAAGUUGUCUCACACCUACAUUGCCUGGGAAUCUCGUAACUUGAUUGACUUUGUGAAGAAAACGAAUACUUUUGAUAUGGUUUUCAGCGAAAGUUAUUGGUACGACGUAACACAACUAAAAUUACUCCCAAAAGACAGAACCUCCAAGUCGAUGUACACUCAUUUUAAUUUUAAAGUUUUGGAAAAAAUAGAGGAGUUUCCAUUGGACCCAGAAUUAAAAAGCGAAUUUGUAAGAAUUCGGGAAUCGCAUAAAGCAGAAAUGAAAAAGAAAAACAAAGGCCAGAAAAGUAAGAUAUUAUUCACCAAGGGUAAAACAAAGCAUCUGAGAAAUUAAUAUUGGAAUUAUUACAUAUUUUCUUACAUAGUUUUACAGAAUUAAAAAGAUUUUAUUUAUAUUUUUAUUCGGCAACAUUUAGUAUUCGAAAAUGAAGUGGAUUAAUUAUGAAAUUUCUAAAAUAAGGAUUGAAACAAACUUAUGAAUAAGUUUAUCUUAAAUUUGAUUAUUUUCGAUAAUUCUCUAAUAAAUUUAAUAAAGUC